AUGGUGAAGAAGAGAGCCAUCGUCAAGAAGCUGCCCAUCGUAGAAACUCUGGGUGACGGGCGUCGGCUACAACAGAGGCAGGAGAAGUUUUUACUGAACGGAGAGAUCAUCCACCGGCUUCGCCUGCCCGUCGGCUGUGUGUGCAACGACUCGGUGAUCAGGAAUCACAAUCUGCUGGGACGACCGACGGAGGGAGCGCUCAUCGCCCUCGCCAUGAAGAUGGGGCUGGAGGGCCUGCAGCAUGAGUACGUCCGUCUGGAGGAACAACCCUUCACCUCAGAGAAGAAGUGGAUGUCUGUUCGCUGUGUUCACCGCACACAGAAGGAUAAGCCUGGAGUCUUCUUCAUGAAGGGGGCGUAUGAGCAGGUGAUUCGUUUCUGCAGCUGUUAUAACAGCCGAGGAUCGACCCUUCCUGUGACCCAGCAGCAGAGGGAGCUCUACCAGCAGCAGAUCAGCUACAUGGGCAGCGCCGGCCUCAGAGUGCUGGCGUUUGCGUCUGGUGCGGAGAUGGGGAACCUGACCUUCCUGGGUCUGGUGGGCAUCAUCGACCCUCCCAGGGCCGGGGUCAAAAACUCCGUGGGCACGCUCAUCAGCUCAGGCGUCGCCAUCAAGAUGAUCACCGGAGACUCCCAGGAAACAGCUGUGUCUAUAGCCAGUCGUCUGGGUCUGUACUCCAAAGGCUCCCAGUCUCUGUCCGGAGAAGAAGUGGAUCAGCUCGACCUGCAGCAGCUUUCACACAUCGUCCCCAGAGUGUCUGUGUUUUACAGAGCGAGUCCCAGACACAAGCUGAAGAUCGUCAAGUCUCUACAGAACAUCGGCGCCGUGGUGGCCAUGACCGGCGACGGCGUGAACGACGCCGUGGCUCUGAAGGCCGCCGACAUCGGCGUGGCGAUGGGCAAGACCGGCACCGACGUCUGCAAGGAGGCGGCCGACAUGAUCCUGGUGGACGACGACUUCCAGACCAUCAUGUCGGCCAUCGAGGAAGGAAAAGGAAUUUAUAACAACAUCAGGAACUUUGUCCGUUUCCAGCUGAGCACGAGCAUCGCAGCGUUGGCGCUCAUCUCCCUGGCGACGCUCAUGAACUUCCCCAACCCGCUGAACGCCAUGCAGAUCCUGUGGAUCAACAUCAUCAUGGACGGACCCCCGGCUCAGAGUCUGGGGGUGGAGCCUGUGGACCAGGACGUGAUCAGAAAACCUCCUCGUAACGUCAGAGACAGCAUCCUGACCCGCGGCCUGAUCGUCAAGAUCCUGGUGUCGGCCGUCAUCAUCGUCUGUGGGACUCUGUUCGUCUUCUGGAGAGAGUUGCAGGACAACGUGAUCACUCCUCGAGACACCACCAUGACCUUCACCUGCUUCGUCUUUUUCGACAUGUUCAACGCUCUCAGCUCCCGCUCUCAGACUCGUAUGGUCCAUGAAAUGGGUCUGUGCAGUAACAGGACGUUCUGCUUCGCCGUCCUGGCCUCCAUCAUGGGCCAGCUCCUCGUCAUCUACUUCCCUCCUCUGCAGAACGUCUUCCAGACGGAGAGCCUCAGCAUUCUGGACCUGCUGUUCCUGGUGAGCCUCACCUCCUCCGUCUGUGUGGUGUCCGAGCUCAUCAAGAUGGUGGAGAGGUGGAGGGGAGCUGAGAAGACCCCGCCUACUGACGCCUUCCACGAGGUAUGACCCCCCCACCAUCACCCCCCACCCUGUCUGGGCUGAAGGACUCUGAGGUUUGGAAGAAGACGAGGACGACGAGGAGGAUGAAGGUGACGGGGUUUAGGAUCUCGCAUCCGAUGGCACUGACUAAUUAAGACUGCAAGGACUUGUGGGAUUUUCCUGUGAGAUCCUCAGAGGGAGGGGGAGAAACUCUGGUCUGGGACUGGAGGACGCUCCUCAGGGGGAGGGGGGGAGGAAGGAGGCGAACUGGACUUAGGUGAAGCCGGGAGGACGUCCUCAGUACGGUUACUACUGAAGCUCGUGGCGUCCGUCCCUUGGAGCUCGCGCCCCCUCCGUGCUCGGCCUCGACGGAAGCUUCUUUUUGGGAGGGGGGAAACCGCCACGGACCGACCACACCUUCCUGCCGAGACCCGGCUCGUUAUUUAGGAUGUACUUUAAGAAAAACCCUCUAAUGAAUCAAAUGCUAGAGACGUGUGCAAUUGUUUGUGUUCUCCUCCUGUCCUCUUUUUUAAUCUGUCAUUAGAAGGUGUUGACCACUGUUCAGCUGCUCGUCAUGGGUGAAUAACGUCUCAACACGCAGGACGACUUGUUUUACUUCCUCUGUAGGUGAGUUUACAGCAGAGGGUGGAGGUGUGACGCUACAGAAAACCCGACACAACAGGCUUCAUUUAAUUCAUUUUAUUUGACUAAAAUUCAAGUUUUCUGUAAAGGUGAAAGCAGCGUGAAGAAACGUGACAGUGCAGCUCAAACAUUCAGUGAAUCUAAAGCUUUAAUUUCAUAGAAAUCUAAACUUUCUACAAGGACCUUUUCAUUCAGCAGAAGAAGCCAAAGGCCCUGACACCUGGACUUUCCUUUAUAAAACUAAUUAACAAUCAACGUUAAAAGUAGAUUUAGUUGUUAUUUAUUGAGACCUGUUGUUUCACAAAACCAGUGAAUCUUUAUGAGAUGAAAAGUUGAGACCUGAGGAUGAUGUUCAGUGAGAAAAAGCUGCAGCUGAUUGAUCAGAUCGAUCAUCAUCAUCAUCAUCGUGUGGAUUUGAUCAGUGACCAGGCAACGACUCUGUGUCUGAUGUUAUAAUAAUAAUCAUAAUGUAAUUCAAUUUUUUUUUCAUUUUAACAUCAUAUGGACAUUUCCUGUUAUUCUGACUUCAGAUGUUCUAAAAGGAAAAUCUAGUUUUAAUGAGACGUGCUGACUUUGUGAAAGAACAAGAAAGUACGGAGGCUCAGAGGAGGAAAAAAGAAAAACAAAAAAAAAUGAAGAAAGUUUCUUGGGAUCUUGUAAAACUCUCUCAGUUCAGAUUUUUCAUGACUUUUCAUCAACAGGACUUUCUUGAGAUCUUGUGAAACUUUUGCAAGAUCUCCAGAAAGUUUCUCGGGAUCUCGCAAAAGUACAUCUUUUGUUUUGUUUUGUCCGCUCUGGGCCUCCAUAAGAAAGUGAAUUGUUUUGAUAAUUAGAAAUGUUUCCUGUAAAAAAUAUGACAAAAAAUCAUCGUAAUGUGAAAAACUUCCUCCUCGUAAUAACUGAGAGAAGAUUUUCAGUCCAAACUGUCCAAUCAGAGAGCUCCCCGUCAGCCCAUGUGACUUUGUGACUUUGCUCAGCCUCUCACAGAUUUCAGACUCGAUGAGAUAAAACUUGACCGACAAAAUAAAACAAGGCUCGAGCUUUUAUUUUAGAGGACGUGUGCGUCUCCUGACCUCACUGUGUCUAACACUACCCAUCCACGCUGAUGCGUUUCACUUUUAAAACUCAUCGCUGUUGCUAUGGUUACGCCUGGCGUCCACACUACUCUCUCCCUUAAACCUGAGACGUUCAGAAACGCUGCUGGACCUGCUUUAGUCUGAACUGGUCCACGUUCACUUCCUCUGGACCACCAGAGGUGGACUCUCAGAUAACGACCUCGGUGCGUUUAGUAGCAGCUGUUUAAUGUAGGAUUUUCUACGACUAAACAACCAACCACAGAGCAGACGAUCUACUUCCUGUUUACACCGGCACGCACAUGCCCAGUGCACGUGACCGGUCAUGUGAUCAGGCAGAGGUCGUUUUCGUUUUAAAAUGAAAUCGUAUCAGUGUGAACGGAGCCUAAAUACAUGAUAAAGUUCAGGGGGACUAAAUGUACCGUUACACCUCCACUUCCUGUGCUCGUCUCUCUGAUCCAUUCGUUGCGUUUCAUGCUUCCUCUGCGCACACUGGUUCAUUUAAACCUAAAACACUCGGACACAAACAGCUGCUGUUUGAAAGGUGACGGAGAGAAAAAUAAAAUCCUGACGCUGUGCGUGGAAUCAGGCCUCAGAAACCAACCAGACUCCAACACGACGGUGCCGACGCGGUCGCUUCAGGGUACAAACACUUUAGUAACUGCUCUCUCAUCCUGUGCCUUAGAGAAGUCAUCGGUCGUUUGAAUCGUCUCCACUGCCGUGGAGGAAACAGCCCUUUACUGACGGACAUGGCUUUUCUGUUUCUUCACAUCAUUUUAAAACCAAUCUCCCCCAAAAAACUCAGCCACAGCUUUUAUUUCCUGUUUUUAUUUUCUGAUCAAUCUCUCCCUGCACCUUUCAUCCUUAUAAAGAUGUCAUGGUGCUUUCUGGGAAAUGGAGUUUACUUGGCGCUCUUUGAUUUGUAGAUGUUUUUUAUUUAUUAUUUUCCUUCCGAAAGGCACAUCUGCACAGGCUGAAAACACGACCAGCAGAGAGGAGGGAGAGACCUUCACUCUGCUGCUGUUUCCAGAGUUAAAUCCUCUUUUCUGUCAUAUUGACUGUCGGUGUUUUAACAGAGAUGAUCGUCAGCGUUUUCAGCGUUUUAUUUAAGAUGUGUUUGGAAUAAAAGCUGAUUUAUCUGAUGGAAAAACAACAGCAGAGUCCAGGUGUUCUGUUCCUGAAACAUGAGUGAACACAGAGAGGUUUUAUUUUAAAGCCUGAGUCUUAUUUUGUAGCUUUUCCAUCAUUUCCUGUUUCUGGUCUGAGAUCUGGUCCAGGAGGAAAACUGAGACUCCUUCACAUCUCCUGGUUUUCUGACAGCAAACUGAAUAUUUUUGUGUUUUUGACACAUUUUUCUGACAUUUUAUAAACCAAACGAUUCAUCAAGAACGUGGAGAAUAAUCUUUAACUGCCUAAACCGGAGGUUUGUCUCACCUCCAACUCAUCCUGGUUUUGAGUUUUCGUCUCCACAUGUGAUUAAAAUCUCCAGUCCAGACAUGAGUCCAGACCACAUCGGUCGGCUCUGUUGUGGAUCCAGACGUUCGGACAGUUUGUCUCUGGUCUGAGCUCGUUGUAUAAACUGUUGGUUGUGUUUGUGCCGAGUGUCGGGGCCAAACGUGGCUGGUGUCAGGUCUUUGUCUCUUUACUGCUGAACAGAGUCUCACAAAGCAGAACGGAUCCCCCUCCUGUCCACUACAGAAUCCUGAUCCCUAAAUCCGGUCUGACCUGGACCUGAAACCAUCAACUGAUUAAUCAGUCAGUUAAAUCGUCCUGUUUCAGCUCGGUACACAUUUUAUUUGACACUGAGCUUUGAGAAAGUCUCGUUGACAUUGUUUAAUGUUUUGUGACAUUUUCAUCGACCAAACGAUUCAUUGAGUAAUAAUAAUAAUUGUUGGUUGCGGCCGUCGUCAGACACAAAGCUGUUCUCACCAAGAAUCUCCAACUAACUGAGGCGUUUUAAAGGUGAUAUCUGCGUGAAAUAAUGAUUAUUUCAGUCGUCUCUUCACACAGUUCUCCACAC